CUGAAAUCGGAAUUGCCGAAAUGUCAUCAACUCGUGCGCUUGUUGUUGCCUUGGUUCUACUGCAACUUCUCAACGUAUUCUUCAUGACAACAAACGCUUAUUUGUCAGAUGGUCAACUUGACAGAUUCAAGAGGCAGUAUGGUUAUGGCGGUGGAUACAGCAACUACGGUGGUGGUGUUGAUAACAACUACGGAGGUACUGAUAUUGGCUCGAUUAAUACCGAUAAUACGGAUAUUACCGUGUACUGAAAGGAUCUGCUGUUGGAUGAAUAUCUCAUGAGGUUCACGAUCGACUGGCAGUGCACAGAAGUCAUGAUUAAAUGUACUUAUGGGAGUGUGAAGAUGAAUACGAUUCGAUUGAUUUGACAUUUGUUUUAUUGAAUGUUUAAUGAUGCAGUGCUUUAAGUUUUUGUUCUUAAUAAUAAACUUUGACUUGUACCUGACUGUGUUCGACGUUUCACGUUGAGAUGUUAGAGCUGACCCCGAGCACUUUUUGUAACAGUGGACAGUUUAUUUUUUGUUGCUUUAUUCCACAAGGUCAUGAGCACAACCACUUAUUUCGAUCCUUCAGUAAUGCAGAGUUUCGAUUUCAUGUUAAAUUCUCGUAACCUUAACUUACCAAAUGUUUUAUUAUUAGAAUCGCC